AGUAUUAUUAUACCUGGCUAAAAAAAUCCACGAACGAACCGUUGAUAAAGACACCGAUCGAAUGUACCGAAGAAAGGUAAACCGAAGUCAAGGUGUACAAGUUUGAAUUAUUCUUUGAAGAUAACCCGAUUUUGCCAGCCUAUCGGGGAUAGGCACACCAGAUACGAUUUUGUAUUUUUUUUUGGAGAAGGGAUUAUCCAGUACUGGUAGGGGAGAAGGUGUGAGAAGGGACUAACCAUCCAUCCUAACGAUUCCUGCCGAGAAACUAUAACAACACAACAUGACCACCUCAACACAGACCACCAGUGCUUUCUCAAUAUGCUUUCUUCUGAUUCUCUCAAGUCAAGUAUCGUCAUCAGAGGAGCAAUGCAAUCCCGUUUUAAAUGAUGACGGUACUAUUGACUGGCCGAGUUCAUGUGCAUUACCGCCACACACGCCUGCAAGUGGCUUUGAAGAGGCGGAAAAACUUGAAGAUAAGAGACCAUUAGGACUUAUAGACAUGGCUAAUGGAUUUGUAGAUUUUGUACAACGUAAAGGUCUUCCGUAUGAAAAGAUAAGAGAAUUGGAAGAAGAUGAUUUUGAUAUCAAUAUUAAAGAGUUGUCCCUAGAGCUGUCAGUACAUUAUAUUGGCAUUAUUAUAUGCUUUUGUAUUGGUAUAUUAAGUAUCAUUAUAAUACCGUGGGUCGGUUUUUGUUUCUGUUGUUGUCGAUGUUGCAAUAACUGUGGCGGUAAACGGAUACAGAAGGAAACAAAGUCUAUGGGCUGCAAACGAAUCAUAUUUUCAAUACUUUUACUUAGUAUUACUAUUGUUAUCGGUUUUGGGAUGGCCUACAGCAACACAGGUAAUGAUUUCCUGACUAAAGACUCAUGGGACAGAACAAAAUUAAGCUACCAAUUGACUCUAGAUGAAGCAGACGCAUACUCGGCUACAGUCUCAUCACAAAUAAAUUACACAUUGGAGGAGUACCGAGUAUUUGAUAAAGAAAUGCGUCUACAGAUUGAUGGUAGAGGAAACCAAAUAUAUGCACUAACAGAGCCAUACCUCCUAGAUCAGUGUGGAGUGCAAGCAUUAUAUGACAGUUAUGAGAACUUCACUGGUGCUAUUAAUGAUUCUUUGGAAACGCUAGUGACAAUGGAGACCCUACAGGCUGAUAUAAUAUCUGAAACGGCUGCACUGGGAACGGAACUCAGUGAUAUACAAAAUGAUUUAGAAUCAGUUCAAAGUAAAUGUAGGCCAGAUUGUGAUAGUAUUGACCUCACAGUUCUGGAACUUCAAUCUAACAUUACACAGUUACCAGAUCUAAGUAAUGAAAUUUCAAAUGUUACCAAAGUUUUGGAGGAGGUAGAGCAGUAUGAGGAAGAGGCUAAGGAUACCCUGGAAUCUGUACCAGAAGAUAUAAAUAAUUCAACUCAAGAAACUGUGGAUGAUUUUUACAAGGAGCUGGAUAAUGUAGACUCUACCCUUGCAGAUGCUGUUCAGGAGGUGAACAAGGUCAAUAAAGAGAUUUCAGAAUAUGUGGAUGAUGCAAGAAUUUCAAAAGAUGAUAUAAAUCAGAUGGAUGAAUAUGUGGAUUAUGUGAAAUAUGGAUUUAUUGGUAUAACGUGUACAAUACUGCUCAUAGUGAUGUUCAACAUUGGUGGUAUGGCAAUGGGUACCUUUACGUACAAACAAGGUUCCCCAAUGGAUCGUUCCAAAUGCUCCAAUGCUGGUGGUAACGUACUGAUGUGCGGUGUCUUCUUUUCCUUUGUAUUCUUUUGGUUUCUUAUGUUGAUUGUGAGUGUGUUGUUCCUGGUCUUCAGUGUGAGUUAUCAAGUUUGUGAACCACUGCAGACAAAAGAUAUAUUUAAAGAGACAAUUGACCAGCCUGGCUUCCUGUGUGAUGGAGAUACUGGCUCAUGGCUUGGUGAUGUAAUAUAUGGCAACCAAUCCUACAACAUAACAGUCACUGGCAUCUUGGAAAGUUGUGCAAAGAAUGAAAGUGCCUACAAAGCCUUACAGUUACAUUAUGUGUUUGAUUUGGAUGAUAUUCAGAAAGAAAUUGAUGAUCUAAAUGAAGAGGUGAACAAGUUGAUAGAUGAGGUGGACUGGGACACGAGUGAUUUUGAACUGGUUACAGAUGAACUUAUGGACUCAGUAAAUCAAAUCAUUGCAGAUUCCAGCUUAGCUGAAUUUAAUAUUUCAGAAUAUGAAGAAAUACUCAACCAAACCUUGACAAAUGAUCUGGUAACUUUUGCCAAUAGCUUGAAUCAAACUGCAGAUAAUCUUACGGAUCCAACUCUCAAGAAUGAGCUGUACCAUAUAUCUUAUGAGAUCAUUUUAGUUGAUGAACAAGCCAAAGCAACUGAAGUUAAAAUGAAUGAUUUGUUACAAGAAGCAGAAACUUUACAGGUGCAAAUCACUGCAAUUCAAGACACUGGAAGCAAGACAAUUAAAGCAGCAAAUUAUACCGAGAAUCAGAUUAAAAAAGAUUCAACACAAGAUGCAGUGAAGAAUAGCACCAAGGAGUAUGCAGCUAAACUCAUUCGCUACACAGAGAGCUAUGUUAAUCACCUAACCAUGGAGAUUGAAGAUGAGUUGGCACCAUGUGGGUCGAUCAGCAACCUGUACGAUCUGUUUGUUGGAACUUUAUGCGAUUUUAAUAUUGAUGCCUGGAACACAAUUUGGUUCACCCUGGGCUGGAGUAUUUUCUUCUUUAUACCAAGCAUCAUAUUUGCUGUUAAACUUGCAAAAUAUUAUCGCAUAAUGAAGGAUGAAUAUAUUGCGGUUCCUAAGCCAAAGAAGAAGAAAAAGAACAAGAAACAACGGGACGUAGAGUCCCCUGAAGAGGAUGAAAUGGUCCCUCUAACACACCCUCAUCUCUAAAAGAUUCACCAAUUCUCGGCUAUAAUGAUUUAGGUGAUCGGGGAGUACCGCCGCCAGCCUACAAUUAUGGUGAGCAUUAUAACAUAUCUCCUCACACCGAUUACUUCUAGUUUCAACAACAAUUAUGUCUUUCAUGAAGGUCAUUUGUUAUUAUGUUUCGAUUGACAUGUUCUUUGCGGUUGUAUCUGAGGUUACGACUUUUGAUAAAAUUUACUUACAAAUAACUUUUUGCUAACACUUAACUUUGAUCCUCAUCGACGAUGUAUAAAAUCAAUAUCAUAAUUAAUGUUCAUAUUUUUUAAUAAAUAACAAUAACAAAAAAACUAUACAUCUAAUAGUUAUGAAAUAAUUUGCAUAAUUAAUACUGGAAUUAAAUGUACACAUUUACUAUUGCUACUUAGAUCAGACUUGUAAAAUUCUGGUUUCAGCACCUAAUGUACAUCUACUUUAUCUACUUACCUAUGCUUUAUUCUUUACUGAUCAUCUUUAUUUACUUUAAAUCUUACUGUUAGGUAUAUUGUGCUGUAAUUUUGUAAAUAAUUAAUAGUGUGUGUUGACACGUAUGAACUUGGACCAAUUCAGCCCUAAAUGCAAUGAUAUCAACCUUGUACCUUGUAGCAAGUUGAUGUUUUCCAACUUGCUAUAUUCCCUCCCCGUCCUAUCCUCUCCCCGUCCUAUACCUUCCCCAUCAUUUCCCUCCCCAGCUGAAUAACCAGGGGGCUGAGUUGGUUUCAAGUGAUAUGGGGAUGUAUUAGUUCAUUAUAUUAUAGUGUGGUAAAUAAAAGGUAUUAAAUCCAGUAUUAAUGACUGGAUAUUGUGUGUAUUUAUUUUCUCAGAGGUAAAAAGUGCUACAAACUGAUAUUGGUUUGCAAAUUUUGUUGUAUGAGAUUAGUUAAUUGAUUGAUUAAAUGAUUAAUUACAAAUAAAUUAUUAUUUUAGGCUACUAAGUGUGCUGUUAUUGUUGGUUUUCAAAGAAAGUUGUGAUUUUUUAAGGAUGUGUGCUUCACUAGAAUUAAGUGUAAUAGUGACAAAAAACAUGUCAUGUCUGAAUUUAAGAUAAAUUAUUGCAGAUUAAGAAACUAAAAAAGAAGUCAUUGUUUAAAAAAUUGCUUGUGUUAUGAGACAAGCCUUCUUUGUUUUUAUUAUUAAAUAAAUUGCAGAUUUAUUUCAUCAAAUAAUAAUUAUUUUAAUAUUAAAUAAUUUAGAUUUAUAACCCAACUGGGUGUUAUUAAAUAGUGUAUUAAUUUUUCAUUUGGUGCUGAUUUUUAAAUAUGUUGAGAGUAAUAAAAAAAAAUCUAGAUAUUUUUGUCUUUCUGAAUACUUAAACCUACGCAGAUGUAACCUAGUUCUUUUCAUUUAUUAUCGUUUAUUAAUUUAAAAAGCAGUAAUGUAUUUUUUUAAACCUUGAAAUCUGUAUUGUAUUUUUAAUAUUUACUAAUUGAUGUUAAAAUGCUGCAGUUACACUUAGCAUCAUAGUUGACAAAAUAAUACAAAAUCAAGAAAAGUAUAUUAUUUAAACCAUUACUUAUUUAUAUUAAUCAUUAUUAUUCAAAUUCUUCAAUUCUUUAUUUAACUAAUUAAAAUUGUCAAGUUUAAUGCAUACAUCAAUUAAUGCAUUUAGUAUAACAAAAACGAAACAGAUAAGACAUUUUUGUGUGUCAUAAAUGAUAUCCAGAAUUAUUAGUCAAAUAAUGGAUAUUGUAUUAAUAAUAGAUUUAUUUAUAAAGCACAAAUAAUUAAGGCUUGGUGUACAGUAUUAUAAACUUCAGAAAUAUAAAUAUUUUUUAGAUUAUGAUUUGUAAGCAUGCAGCAUCAUAAAUGUAUAUCAGGGGCGGAUCCAAAGGUUAGCCCAGUUGGCCUGUGCACCUCCCCAACCAAAAUUUAAAUAAAGAAUUGAAAAUAUAAAGAAAAUUACGUUCAAAUUAAUGUCUGAGUGCCAGUUUUCAGAUUCAGAUUUUUCUUUGUGUCCUUUGGGAAAAUCAGUUUGUACAUCACAUUGCCAAAAAAAGAGUGCAAAAUUAAUACAAAAUAAAGAACAAAAAAUAAUUAGGCCCUUGAUAUUAUGGAAAACUCAUUUUUCCAUCUGGAGGUACUGUAGCCAAACCAUAGUGUGGUGAUGUGUUCUUUUCCCCUUCAUCUGUAGAAGCCUGUAUCUUCUUUGAAUUCCUGGAUCCGCCCUGCAUGUCGGUACUUUGUUGGUUUUUAUGUUCGCAGAUUUUAAGCGAUUCCUUCUUCAAGUUUGACCGAUAAGUUAGUUUUGAUAUACAGUGUAGCUGUUUUUAAAAUACAAAAUAGUUUUCUAGAUUUAUACUAAACUUGUUGUAAGUGUUUGUAUGCAUAACUAUGAAUUGUAAAGUUAGUAACAAUUAUGCAAUAAAGCGAAAUUUUUAUAG